AUUAGUUAACUUGCGUUAAGUUUUUUAAGGUUAUGUUAUGACAGUAGCGUGGUUGCGUGUUAAAAUAGGGUUAUUAUAAUUAGUAAACACUGAACACGUUUUUGACAACAUAAUGGCAAAAUUUAAUCUAAAGAAGCAAUCAAAGCGGCAACCAGCUCGUUUACGGUAUAAAAUAGAAAAGAAAGUCCGCGACCACAAUAGGAAAGUGAAAAAAGAAGCCAAGAAAAAUCCCAAAAAGACCAAGAAGAUAAUUCAAAUUCCAAACAUUUGUCCAUUCAAAGGAGACAUUCUCAAAGAGGUCGAAGCUCUUAAAAAGCAAAAGGAAGAGGAAAAGCAAAAGAUAAGAGAAGCCGCUAAAUUAGAAAAACAAAAGUUGAAGCAGGAACAGAAACAGCAGAAGUUAUCUGGCGGAUUGCAAGGAUUAGUAAAAAAUGCCGAAGUUAGAAAUAAAUUGCACGAACAUUUAACACCUGAUAGAACUGACAAACGUUAUGAGAAGAACAAUGAAAAUUCCCUCAAGCAAUACUAUAAAGAAUUUAAGAAAGUAAUUGAAGCUGCAGAUGUUAUUCUAGAAAUAGUUGAUGCUAGGGACCCUAUAGGCACAAGAUGCAGGCAAGUAGAACAAGCCAUUAUCGACUUAAAAUCAAAUAAAAGGCUUGUGGUCGUAUUAAACAAAGCGGAUUUAGUACCCACAGAAAUUUUAAAUCAAUGGUUAAAGUACUUCAAAAAAACAGCUCCAGCCAUUGCUUUCAAGGCAUCAACACAGAACCAAAGCAAAAAGCUAGGACAGAAGAAGUUCUCCAAAACAAAUGAUAAAGUAUUAAAAACUUCAACUUGCGUAGGGGCAGAACUGUUGAUGUCUCUGUUGGCUAACUAUUGCAGAAAUAAAGGUAUCAAAACAUCAAUAAGAGUUGGAGUAGUAGGACUACCAAAUGUAGGAAAAAGUUCAAUAAUUAAUAGCUUAAAAAGAUCUAGGGCAUGCAAUGUAGGAGCUAUGCCAGGAGUUACCAGGACUAUGCAAGAAGUACAGCUCGAUUCGAAAAUUAAAUUACUGGAUUCACCUGGUAUAGUAUUUGCUUCUGGGAAUGACAGUAGUGCUUCUCUGAGAAACGCAGUUCGUAUCUCCUCAUUGAGUGAUCCUAUAACUCCAGCCAAUGCUAUAUUACAAAGGGUUACCAAGCAGCAGAUGAUGGAAAUGUACAAUGUUACUGAUUACAGCUCUCCAGAAGAAUUCUACAGUCUAAAAGCUGCCCGUACAGGAAAAUUUAAAAAAGGAGGCAUCUUGGACUCAACUGCUGCAGCUAGAGGUUUGUUAGAAGAUUGGAACAGUGGUAAAAUUAAAUAUUACACACUACCACCAGAGGAAAAUGAAAAAGACGUCCAUAUAAGCUCAGCCAUUGUCAGUGAAGCUGCAAAAGAAUUUGAUUUAGAUAGUUUUGAAGCUAUGGAAACUGAAGAUUUGAAAAAAAUCCAAAAAGAAGCUGAAUCAAAAACGAAAACCGCUUUCAUUGUAGACAGCUUAGGACCCGUCGAUUCUCUAGAAGAAGAGCAAGAAGAAAUGGAAGAAGAUGCAGUUAAUAAUGAAGAAUUAAUUAGCGCAAGAACUAAGAUAAUGUCUACUAAAAAUAAACCCAAGAAAGUGAAAAUAUCAAGGUUGAAAAAGGUCGAUCCUGAAAUGGAAUUGGAGGGUAAUAAGCAGCUGAAUCAGAUCAAGAAGAAGCAGUUUAAGAAGGUUAACAAGGAUAGGCGAAGACGGGCAAAAAUAGCAAAACAAUUAUCAGCAGAUUUAGAAAAUAUUACAUUACAAAAUGGUAAAACUGAUGAAAGUACGGAGAACUACGAUUUUGAUGUUGAUUUUGAUUUGAAGUAAAAUGUUUUGUUAAGUUUGUUUUAUUGUUUAAGCAUUAUAACCGCCGAUGUAUCGGAAAGAUACAGACAUGUGUGAUAAAACAUCAAAUAAAAGGAUAUAA